AUGCACAAAACAUUCGAAGGGAUCACUGUACUUCAGAAAGCCGUUCGCAGCGAGGAAGAAAGCCUGAAUGUGGCCAUCGUUGGCGCUGGUCUAGGCGGCCUAGGUGCUGCGAUCAGCCUACUGCUUGCUGGUCAUAAAGUUCACGUCUUAGAAUCCGCUCCACAGAUUGGCGAAAUAGGCGCUGGCAUACAAGUACUGCCAAACAGUUCUCGAGUGCUCAUACAGUGGGGACUCGGUCCAAGAUUGGCUCGUCUUGCCACAAUUCCUGUCCAGGUUGAAAUGCGGAGAUGGAAAGGCGAUCUGCUUACCAUAAUGGACUUCGCCGAUGCCGCCAAAGAGUACAAAGCACCGUUCUGGGACUUCCACCGAGCCGACUUGCAUGGAGCAAUGCUUGAGAGGGCCAUUGAGCUUGGCGCCACUCUUCAGACGAGUGCCCGAGUGGUGGACAUUGACUCAUCACAGCCUGAAACUGCCACCAUAACACUGCAGUCUGGUGAACAAGUGGUCGCUGAUUUAGUUGUCGGAGCAGAUGGUAUCUUCUCCCGCUGUCGAGACCUCUUGGUUGGCAAGUCAGACCCACCCACGCCGACAGGCGACUUGGCAUAUCGGGUCUUACUGAGUACCGAAGGCAUGGAGAACGAUCCAGAGCUUGCGCCAUUUCUGCGGGAGCAUCACGUACGAUACUGGUUGGGACCCGGAGCUCAUGCGGUCAGUUAUGUCUUGCGAAAUGGCAAGCAGAUCAAUGUUGUUCUUCUGGUACCAGACGAUAUACCUGACAACGCGACCACCGUCGAUGGCAGUGUUGAAGAAAUGCAGGCCUUGUACGCGGAGUGGGAUCCGCGAAUACCCAAAUUGCUCAAAUACUGUCAGUCAGUCCAGAAAUGGAAACUUUGUUUCCGGCCAGGCCUAGAUCAAUCCUGGUAUAACACCAAUGGCACCUUUGCGCUUCUCGGCGAUGCUGUCCAUGCAACACUACCAUAUUUAGCCAGUGGUGCAGGCAUGAGUCUGGAGGACGGUGCGGUCCUGGGAUACUGUUUUUCCCGCAUCCGCGAUAAAUCAACACCAUCGAAGCUGAAAGCCUUGCGCAUCUAUGAAGACUGUCGGCGCACGCGCACCGAAAGCAUAGUGGCACGCGGCAACCUGCAGCAGUACCUAUAUCACUUAGACGACGGCUCAGAGCAAGAGGCCCGAGACGAGAGGUAUAGGAUCUUUGGGGCGCUCGAGAAGCAGAUCAAGAAAGCAGGCUCCGUCCAAGAUGUGCCGCUGCCGGCAGGUCUGGAGAUCGGAGCAGACCCUUUCCCUUGGAGAAGAUACGGUGUCGGAAGUUGGUUGAUCAGCUACGAUUGCGUGGCUGAUGUGGACAGCAAAUGGCCUGAUGAGCGGCAGGUUGCUGAAACGCAGUUCAGAGCAUUACUAUAA